AUGACCGGAGGAAAGCACCAGAAGAUAACACCCUCCAAAUAUCGUCUGCAGAGCUUUGGAGGAAAUUCUAUUCAAGUUGUGGGAGAGACACGGAUAAGCGGCAAACGUAACGGAAAACGAUAUAAAUUAGUGUUCCAGGUAGUUAGAGUGGACCAUAUUCCGUUGCUGUCGGCGAACGCUAGCAAGAAACUUGGAUUUGUGAAGUUCUGCAAUGCCGUCACAUUUUCACCACCUGAAAAAUCAAAAUCCGAUUUGCUCAACGUGUAUCGGGUAAGCGCUCUGGAGAUUAUAAAUAAGCAUAAAGGCGUUUUUGACGGCUACGGUCAGUUUCCGGGCGUAGUAUCUCUAGAGGUUGAUGAGUCAGUCCCAUCGUGCAUACAGCCACCGCGGCGGAUACCCGUUGCUUUACGUGCGGCUCUAAAAGAGGAAUUAGACAACUUGGAGAAGGACGGUAUAAUUGCGAAGGAACCCAGACACACCGAAUGGGUGAGUAAUAUUGUCCUAGUCAAGCGCGGACAAGAUAAAUCUGCUCCAUUGAGAAUCUGCCUGGACCCAAUCCAAUUGAAUAAGGCCUUGAAGCGACCGAAUUUACAGUUUGUGACCAUCGACGAAAUCUUACCAGCGCUCGGUAAAGCCAAAGUUUUUACAACGAUCGACGCCAGAAAGGGCUUCUGGCAUGUGGUAUUAAGUGAAGAAAGCAGUCGUCUCACCACAUUCUGGACUCCGUAUGGAAGAUUCCGCUGGACCAGACUUCCAUUCGGGAUCAGUCCCGCGCCAGAGAUCUUCCAAAUGAAGCUACAGGAGGUGUUGCAAGGUUUGGACGGAGUGGAGUGUAUUGCGGAUGAUAUACUACUAUUCGGAAGUGGAGAUACGCUGGAAGAAGCUCUCAUCGAUCAUAACCAGUGUUUGGAAAAACUUUUGAUACGUUUGGAAGAAAAUAAAGUAAAACUAAAUCGUAGCAAACUGAAGUUGUGCCAAACUGCGGUGAAAUUCUACGGACAUCUGAUGACUGACGAGGGGAUAAAACCUGAUGAGUCCAAAGUGGAAACAAUUAAGAACUAUCCAGUGCCAAAUAACAGCAAAGAACUCCACAGAUUUAUCGGUAUGGUGAACUAUUUGUGCCGAUUUCUGCCGAAUUUGAGUGAAAAUUUCAGUGUACUCCGAAAGUUGAUUUCCGAGAAAGAACCGUGGAUUUGGUCGUCGGACCAGCAAGAAGAGUUCAACCGAGUAAAAAAUUUAGUGUCGGAUGCAGAAACAUUGCGAUAUUACGAUCCCAACGAACCGUUAGUAGUAGAGUGUGACGCGAGUUGUUUCGGGUUGGGCGUCGCGGUUUUCCAACGUAACGGCGUUAUUGGCUAUGCGUCGCGAACACUAACGGCAACCGAAAGGAAUUACGCUCAAAUUGAGAAAGAAUUACUCGCGAUUCUCUUUGCGUGCGUGAAGUUUGACCAGAUCAUUGUCGGGAACCCGAUGGUCACCGUAAAGACGGACCACAAGCCACUCGUAAGUGUUUUCCGGAAACCCCUGUUGUCGGCUCCUCGUAGAUUGCAACACAUGUUGCUAAACCUUCAGCGAUACAAUUUGCGUAUCGAGUUUGUCACAGGCAAGGACAAUGUUGUCGCGGAUGCAAUUUCACGUGCCCCCCUGGUGGAAUGUCUGGAAGAGGACUGUUUCAGAAAGGCGACUAUUUGCGAAGUGUUUCGAAAAGUUGAAGAGGUUCAGCUUUCAUCGUUUCUCAGUAUCUCGGAAGACAUCAUCCAGCAGAUCGUUGAAGAAACGGUUAAGGAUUCAACGCUUCAAACCAUCACAUCCUACGUUCGUUCAGGCUGGCCUAGAUCAAUAUCUCAAGUACAGGAGGGCGUGAAAAUCUAUUUCAAGUAUCGGAAUGAGCUGUCAACCCAAGAUGGAAUGCUGUUUCGUCAUGAUCGGAUUAUCAUUCCGUAUUCGCUUCGCAAGAAGAUAACGGACAAGGCACACGUAAGUCACAACGGAGUAGAGUCUACGCUAAAAUUGGCACGAGCAAACGUAUUUUGGCCGGGCAUGAGUGCGCAAAUUCGAGAGGCGGUUAAGGAAUGCGCUAUUUGUGCCAAAUAUGCUCCAUCACAGCCACCAGCACCGAUGCAGACACACCCGAUUCCUAUACAUCCCUUCCAGAUCAUCUCUAUGGACGUGUUUUUCGCCGAGUAUCGUGGAGAGAAAAGAAAGUUCCUUGUGACAGUGGACCACUACUCAGACUUUUUCGAGGUGGAUCUGCUGAAAGGUCAACGAUUGCAGUGUGCAAGGUGA